UUAACACGGAUUGUCCGAUCUUCGAGGAACUGUGUCCGAUUGUUGAUAAGGGGAACUAUAUAUGAUGUCGUCGCCAGUUUUACGGCAGAUUUACGAAAUCGAUCGAACUGAUCAAUACCGAAGAUAAUCGUCAAGAUGCGUACCUUCGUUUUUCUCUUCGCCUGUUUAUCGCUGAUUGCCUCUGCAUGGGGUAACAACUUGAUUCUUGGCAUACGUAUGUCUGGUGAUGUUCUUGUGCAAUCUCAACCCAUCUUUAAGCCGCCAGUGCCAGGUGUCAGUCAGACAGUCACGAUUGACGUAACUGCACCACCCAACUACGUAAUCUCAUUCGUCAGUGUAAUCAACUUGAAUUCGAAGGUAAUAAACGUCGUUCCUAUAAAAGGUUAUAUUGGAGAACAGUCGAUCGUCCUGUUGGGCAUUGGAAAACCAGGUUGGCCUCUUCUGAUGGAGGUUAUCGCUUACGCUUUUCCUUCUCGUGACGCGAGCAAUUCCGAACCAACCACUACUGAACCAACCACUACUGAACCAACCACUACUGAGCCAACCACUACUGAGCCAACCACUACUGAGCCAACCACUACUGAAUCAACCACUACUGAACCAACCACUACUGAACCAACCACUACUGAACCAACCACUACUGAACCAACCACUACUGAACCAACCACUACUGAACCAACCACUACUGAACCAACCACUACUGAACCAACCACUACUGAACCAACCACUACUGAACCAACCACUACUGAACCAACCACUACUGAACCAACCACUACUGAACCAACCACUACUGAACCAACCACUACUGAACCAACCACUACUGAACCAACCACUACUGAACCAACCACUACUGAACCAACCACUACUGAACCAACCACUACUGAACCAACCACUACUGAACCAACCACUACUGAACCAACCACUACUGAACCAACCACUACUGAACCAACCACUACUGAACCAACCACUACUGAACCAACCACUACUGAACCAACCACUACUGAACCAACCACUACUGAACCAACCACUACUGAACCAACCACUACUGAACCAACCACUACUGAACCAACCACUACUGAACCAACCACUACUGAACCAACCACUACUGAACCAACCACUACUGAACCAACCACUACUGAACCAACCACUACUGAAUCAACCACUACUGAACCAACCACUACUGAACCAAGCAGCAUUGGAUCUAGCACCACUGGACCAAUCAGCACUGAACCACCCAGCACUGGAUCAAGCAGCGCUGAACCAAGCAGCAUUGGAUCUAGCACCACUGGACCAAUCAGCACUGAACCACCCAGCACUGGAUCAAGCAGCGCUGAACCAAGCAGCAUUGGAUCUAGCACCACUGGACCAAUCAGCACUGAACCACCCAGCACUGGAUCAAGCAGCGCUGAACCAAGCAGCAUUGGAUCUAGCACCACUGGACCAAUCAGCACUGAACCACCCAGCACUGGAUCAAGCAGCGCUGAACCAAGCAGCAUUGGAUCUAGCACCACUGGACCAAUCAGCACUGAGCCACCCACCACUGGAUCAACCACUACUGAACCAACCAGCGCUGAACCAAGCAGCAUUGGAUCUAGCACCACUGGACCAAUCAGCACUGAACCACCCAGCACUGGAUCAAGCAGCAUUAGAUCAACCACUUCCAAAUCAACUCCCCUAUACUCCCCUCCAAAUCACCUAUACUAACCAUAUAAGCAGCGAGCUAUAACACCAAACCAACAAAUAUCUCCACAACUGGACCUACUAUCUAUUUACAUUGGCAUCCUGAUAAAAUAUCUGUACCAAUACUUGGUGCAGUGUGAUGGAAAUGUUCUACAUUGAAUGUAUUGACACGAGACAAUAAGCGGGACAAUGAAAAUUAGCAGUUAGCUGCUACGAUUUUCAAUUUUUUGUUAAUGUGUACAUUUUUCACUUUCGUGUCAGCCAAGUAAUGUUCGUAUUAACGAUCUGAUAAAAGUGUUUAUAUAACAUUUUAAUAUUCUAUUCCCAGCUUUGUAAUUAUUUAAUAAUAAGCCACAUAAUUAUUUAAUUCUGUUAAUUGAUAAAGAUUCCAUAUAUUUAAAUAAAUUACAAUUAAUUAAAUAAAUU